AUGACACUCCCAUCCUUCUUCCGCAGCUGCGCCGAGCUCCCCCUGCCCCCCGCCUCCUCCAUCGCCGGGGGCACUUACAUCGUCACCGGAAGCAACACCGGCCUCGGCUACCACUGCGCGCAGCACCUCAUCCUCCUCCACGCCGCGCGCGUCAUCCUCGCAGUCCGCUCGCCCUCCAAAGGCGCAGCCGCGCUCGCCGCCAUCCGCGCGCACACUAACCAGCCUGACGCCGGCGAGGUGUGGGAACUCGAUCUCGCGUCUCUAGCCUCCGUCGAAGCCUUUUGCACACGUUUGGGCGAGCUGGACCGGCUUGAUGGGCUGGUUGCGAAUGCUAGUGUGGCGCUGGACGAGUUUGCGAAGACGGGUGACGGGUUGGAGACGAUGGUGGGCGUGAAUGUGGUUGGCAACGGGCUGCUUGCGGUGCGGGCGCUGCCGAAGCUGCGGGAGACGGCGGGGAGGUUUGGGGUGAGGACGUGUUUGAGCGUUGUCUCGAGCGGGACUGCGUUUUUCACCAAGGGCGGCGGGUUGGAUGCCGUGGAGGGGAAUUUGUUUGAGAGUCUGAGUCGGGAGGAGCAGCGGAAGACGGGCCUGGGGGCGCAUCGAUACCCCCUCUCGAAGCUGAUGCAGGUCUACAUGGUCCGCCACCUCGCCGCCCUCCUCCCCGUGUCCGAGACGGGCGUGGUGAUCAACGUGCUCGACCCGGGCAUCUGCGCGACGGACCUCGCGCGCAACAUGCCGUGGUUCUUCCGGGCGUACAUUGGCGUGAUGCGCGUCGGGUACGGGAUCAGCGCGGAGCAGGGGAGCCGGAAGCUGCUGCACGGCGUGACGGCCGGGGAGGCCAGCCACGGGGCGUUUCUGGCGGAGAUGGAGGUGAUGGAGGUGCCCGCGUGGGCUAAGGAUGAGGCCGGGCGCCGGGUGCAGGCGCGGGUUUGGGACGGGUUGGUGGAGGUGCUGGGGAAGAGGGGGUAUGUGGUUAAUGUUGGGGGGAUGUAG